AUACGACAUUCGCUAAUAUAAACAGCGAAAUUUUAUUGUUUUUGCGUGAAGAGGUGUUGCUCUUCUAUUUUUUCGUGAAAAUCGUGGUGAAAAAUCAGUGAAAAGAGCAAAAAUGACGUGGGGUUUUGUCACUUGUGGUCCCAAUGAGGCUCUCGUGGUAUCAGGAUGCUGCUACAUGAAGCCGCUGCUGGUGCCAGGAGGUCGAGCUUUUGUCUGGCCAUCUGUUCAGCGGGUUCAGAGAAUUUCUCUCAACACGAUGACUCUCCAGGUUGAGAGUCCCUGCGUGUAUACGAGUCAGGGUGUCCCAAUUUCGGUGACUGGUAUUGCCCAGGUGAAGAUUCAGGGACAAAAUGAGGACAUGCUGCUAACUGCUUGCGAGCAGUUCCUCGGGAAGCCUGAGUCUGAAAUUCAGCACAUUGCUCUUGUAACACUCGAGGGUCAUCAGAGAGCCAUAAUGGGUUCGAUGACUGUCGAGGAGAUUUACAAGGAUAGGAAGAAGUUCAGCAAGCAGGUGUUCGAGGUGGCAUCGUCGGAUCUCGUGAAUAUGGGCAUUACUGUCGUUUCCUACACCCUGAAGGAUAUCCGUGACGAAGAGGGAUACCUGCGUAGUCUGGGAAUGGCUAGGACAGCUGAAGUUAAGAGAGAUGCCCGAAUUGGUGAAGCUGAAGCACGUUGCGAUGCCCAAAUUAAGGAGGCAAUUGCUGAAGAACAAAGAAUGGCAUCACGCUUCCUCAAUGAUACGGACAUUGCAAAGGCUCAGCGUGAUUUUGAGCUAAAGAAGGCAGCCUAUGAUGUUGAGGUGCAAACCAAAAAGGCCGAAGCUGAGCUCGCGUAUGAGCUUCAAGCGGCUAAAACAAAGCAACGCAUAAAGGAGGAACAGAUGCAAAUUAAGGUGGUUGAACGUACGCAGGAGAUCCUUGUGCAGGAUCAGGAGAUGCAGCGUCGUGAGAAGGAGCUGGAGGCAACUGUACGACGUCCAGCUGAGGCGGAAAAGUAUCGCCUUGAGAAAUUGGCCGAAGCCAAUAAGAAUCGUGUUAUUCUCGAGGCUGAAGCUGAAUCCGAAUCCAUUCGCAUUCGUGGUGAGGCUGAAUCAUUUGCUAUUGCUGCCAAAGCUAAGGCUGAAGCUGAACAGAUGGCCAAGAAAGCCGAAGCAUGGCGUGAAUAUCGUGAAGCUGCAAUGGUUGAUAUGCUUUUGGAUACUCUACCAAAGGUUGCUGCCGAAGUUGCUGCUCCAUUGUCACAGGCUAAGAAGAUAACAAUGGUAUCCAGUGGUGGUGGUGAAAUUGGUGCAGCCAAACUAACGGGCGAAGUUCUUGACAUUGUCAACCGAGUGCCAGAACUGGUGAAGAAUCUAACUGGCGUCGAUAUUGCUCGUGUAAGUCAAAAAUACGAUAGUUCUAGGCACACAUUCCUCGAUUCAAGCAAUAAUAUCCUCAUGGAUAGUCACCACAAAAAGGUGACAGGAGAUACCAAGAAGGCAGUCAAAUAGAUCUUGAAACAUUGAUAGGUAAAAAAAAAGAAACCAAAACCAAAUUCUUCUUCUCUUCCAGUCCAUGCAUUCCGGCUAAAAAAAAUCUGCUCGGAUUCCCAUUUUUAUUUCUCUGUGAAGAGCAGUGUGUUAAAAAAAAAUGAGAAAAAAAUUUACAGAGAAGAAGGUAUUUUUAUUCUUCUAUUUGCCAUCCAAUAUAAUUCUUGAUAAUUAAUAUUUUUAAAUAUUUUUGUGGCUUUUCUCUACUACUUCUAAAAUUGGUGAAGUGUUUUCUAUUACUGUAUGUUUAAAAAAAACUAACACUGUUGCCUAUUUACGAUAUACUUUGAAACAUUUAGGGAGGUUUAUUUGCAUUAUUAAGAACUUUCCUAUUAACGGAAUUUGACUACAUUUAGGCGCAUUUGUGUGUAAUUGAAGAUAAAUCUUGAAAAUUCAGGAAAUUAAGGGUUUUGUUUUAUUAUUUAGAAAGUUAAAAUAAUUUAUUUCAUGCAUAAGACAUGUUGAUCAGAAGAUUAAUUAUGUCAAACGGUAAACAAUAGUCGUUAAAUAUUUUAAACGUUUGAAAGGCAACAUCAAACUUUAAAACAAAAAUAUCUAACCUGAUCAAAGAAACUUUGUGAAGAAUUUUCAAAAGUUUGAAAAGAAACAUCUAACGUUGAAAGAGGAAUAAAAACGUUAAAAAAGAACCUUCAUAAAACGUUUGAAAAAAUUUAAAACGUUUUAAAAGAAACGUCAAAUUUUAUAAACGAUAAGAAGAAUCGUCAAACAAUUAAAAGAAACUAAAACGUUUUAAAAGAAACAUCAAACAUUAGAAGAAAAAUGUCAAACGUUAAAAAAAGAGUCCUUAGGGAGUUAUCACACUACAGCAUUAAAGGCUUACAUUAAAUUCUGAGCAAAUAGCUCAGAAAACUGAAGUAGGACAGAAUGAGUGAUGUUGUCUCUCUCUUACUCAUGGAGAGGAUAGAAAAUCAAACACCCCAUAAAAAAUUAAGAUGCCGAAUUUCUGCAGAAGUCCGCAUGAAAAAUCUUCAGUUCCGAGGAAAUUCUUAUGCUGGGUUCUUUAAAAAAAAUCAGAGAAUAUGUAAUACAUACGUACAUUAUGUGCAUUUUAUGUAUGUAAAAUCGAAAAUCCCCUAAAUGCUACAAACAUAGAUCAAACUUGUCAUCAAUCGCGACAUUUAAUGUAAAUCGAUGGUUACAAAAUAUACUAUGUUCGUCCCAUACAAAAUGUAUAGGACUUAGCGUAGUACAAUUUCGAACCGACAAAAUGUAAACAUUGAAAUGUCAUUUUCAAAAAUAAUGUGAAAAUUUUAUGCCAGAAUAUUCUUGUUCUACUGGCGAGAAUUCAUUUUAUCCCCAAAUAGAUCUCCAAUUUGGGGAGAAAUGUAGUAUUUUUGAGUUUCUACACUUCAUUUCCAAGUGCUUACUUCCUAUCCCCCCCUUGAGUAAGAGAGAGACGACAAUGUGGUGAAAUCAUUCUGUCCUACUUCAGUUUUCUGAGCCAUUUGCUCAGAAUUUAAUGUAAGCCUUUAAUGCUGUAGUGUGAUAACCCCGUUAAGCUUUUUAAUUAAACUUUAAUCAUUUGAAUAAGGAGAAACAUUAAAAAAUAAAUAACGAAAAUAAACGUCAUACGUUAGAAAACAAACAUCAAACGUUUAAAAAUCACGUUUAACGUUGAAAGUUAUUGUAGAAUGUUUAAGAAAAAUACCUACUUCAAAUGUUAGAUAAAAGUCGUGCAAAAGCCUAACACACUCUUUAACGAAUUUUAUAUGUCAAAAAAAAAAACGUCAAACGUUUGAAAUUAACGUUAAAAUUUCUAAUUUGAAUUUACUUUUCGUUUCGCUUUAUAAAAAAUUCGUUUUUUUUUUAAUUUCUUCAUUUGAAAUUCGUUUCUACAAAAAAAAGAAACAUUCUUGAGUAGAUUUCUGCCUACGUCUCUGAAGGAUUAAUCCCUAAAAUUGAAUCUUCAAUUACACACAGAGUGAUUCUCUUUGAAAAUUAUCGGAAAUCGCCUAAAAGUAUGCAAAAUUGAAAUAAAUUGACCAAUUAAAAAUGGACCUUCUUCAGUGGAUCAAAUUAAUCGUGGCAAUAUUUUGCAAAAUAAAAUAAAGUAAAAAAAAAACUAAAACAGGAGAAAAUGUAAAAUUAAUUGUUGCUCUGUUGGUGUUUGUGCACACUUUUUUUUAUUUAAAAAAAUAACUAAAUUUUCCAAUUAAAUAUUGCUUCAUUAACACAACAUAAUGCAUUGUAUUUUUGCUCACGAAACCAUCUUACUUUUGCUCCAAUUCUAAUUACAUAAAUUUAAUGGCUAAAAAAAUGUUUUGUACGUAACACUUUUAUCCCUCUUUAUCACCUCUCUGGUGCUUGGCAAACAUCCCGCAUUGUUUUUUUUUCAUGAUUAUACUUCAACUCAUUCAUUUUCUUCACAAUUUUUUUUUUAAAAAUUCAUUUUAGUCCAAACAACCCAUAUUCAAACAACUUGAUGUUCGUUCAUGAGGGAUUAUUAAGAAGUAAAUAAUGAUAUUUUUUGAAAGCAGAUGUUUUGGCGGAAAGGAAUAAAAAUUUAAUGAAAGAAAAAA